AUGGGUUCAGUGGCUGAUUUGAUUAAUAAAUGUGAUGCAUUGUGUAAGGAUAUAGAUUUUGAAAUAAAUAAAAUACAAAAUUCAGCAAAAUGUGAGCCUCAAAAAUACAACUUUUGUGAAAACUUUUCCAAAAAUUCGAAAUAUGAGAAAAAUAUCGACUGUAUUUUAAGUGCAGCUAAGAAAAUAGAUGAAGAUGUAAAAGCAACUGCUGGAAAAAAGGUUAAAAAAAAGAAAAAUUAUCAAUCCCAAAAAUCUUUCAUGCCACCAAUUUGGGAUGAGAAAAAACUUAAUUACUACGUACAGAAUAUAUUGAAUGAUAUCAUGACAUCGCCUGUCGAAGAGACAAAAAAAGAUGUUCUAGACACAAUAGAAAAUAAACCUAAAGACCUUGAACGCACAACAAUUUAUGUCGAAAACAAAAAUGAUAUGAAGAAAAACCCAAUAAGAAACGUUGGAACGAAUAUCCAUUUUUUAAUUCACGGCACAGAGGAAAACAAUUUAAAUGUGAAACAGAAUUUAGGCGUGAGAAGAAUGAAUAGGAAAACUCAGACAAGCUAUGGAAACGACUUGAAAAUUGGAGUUAAUAAAGCGAAUGAAAAAUCAUUUCCUCAAAGGGUCGAACGCGUUGUGAAUAAUGACGAAGUUGUUAAUGUAAAUUUCAAAAAGCACUUCAAUUUACCAAAGACCCCUCAACAACUUGCAUUUUCAGCUACGACAUUCACAUCUACACAUGGACAUAAAAAAUCAACCAAGAGCGAUGAUAUUAUACAUGUUGUCGGCAGUAACCUAGAAACAAAUAAAACAAAACAAAUGAGUGCAGUAUUUCUUCCUGUUAUAUCAAUAAAGAGUAAAUGUUGCAUACAAAAAAUUUACAAUUUUGAAGUUUCGCCGGCUGUUACAUAUAGCAAGGAAUGUACUAAACCCAAUGUAAAAUUUGUUGAGUUGAAAAGGUCGACCAAUUGUACUGAGUAUCAAGAAAAAGCUUCACAAAUUAUACAGGAUGAAGAAAAUACAACAGGAGAAGCGACUCAAAGCAAAAACACGCUUAUCAAUAUCCAAGACGUGAAGAAUGUAUUGCGUCAUCAUAAAGUCAACGUUGAUGAUGGAAAAAUUCAUAUCAUAGUUGAGAAUGCUAGAAAAAAGGACACUAAGAAAAAGAACAAAAUAAAAAGACCGAAGGAAUUUAAAAAAUUUGGACAAAAAAGGAUUGAGAAUAAGAAUGUGUUGCAUAAGCAAGCAUUGCCUGUUUCUAACGAUGAUAAUGAGACAAUUAAAUGUGAAGCAGAUUCAUCAUCUUCAUUUAUUGAUGAUGAUAGGAAGUUAUGUGACAUAUUAAAGUUUUAUGGUGAAAUGAAUGAACCGAAGAAAGAGGGCAAUAAAGAUGAAAAUUUAUUAUCACAAGAAGACAGGUACACAACUUAUCCUUAUCCUACCAACACAUCUUCAAAUGAGACUCAUAAUAAUUUGAUGAUAAAUGAGGUGAAGAAAGGCAAUGAUCUUGAAUAUAAUAAUAUUACCGAGAGCUUUCAGUCAAUUUAUAAAUUAAUCGAGGAUACAUUUCAAUCAAAUGUUGUGGAGACGAAAGUCUACAAGAAUGAAGAAGAAAAUGGAGUGAGUGAAAUGAAUCAAGUCAUAAAAAUGUCAGAAGAAAAUAUCAAAAAAGCAGAAAUGCUCCUUCAAAAAUACCGGAUUACAAAAGACGAAACGUAUCCGUUUACUUUAGAUAAAUCACAAAGAUCUCCUCACAAUUCGAUGACAGAAGAACCUAAAAUAUUUCAUGUAAGCCAUGAGGUCGAUUCAAAUUUUAAAAUGCAUGAUAAGAGAGAUGAACAUAAUGCCAAUAAUUCAUGUCAUUUUGAAAAGACAUCUGCUAAGGAUAUGAAUGAAGGAUCAUUAAUUCAUUGUCAAAACUACGCGACAUUUAAUGAAGAAUUACAGAAUCGAAUGAAAGAAAAAAUUGAGACAUCUGAUUCGUGUGUUCAGACAACAAGCGAUAAAGCACUUCAAACUGAUGACAAUAUUAAUUGGAAGUCGAGAUUUUAUUUUAAAUCUAUUUAUGAAAAUUACAGUAAUAUCGACUUUGAUAAAUCAAAAGUUUCGUCAGUAAGACCAAAAACAAUGAUUCAAAAUGUUGAUGAAAAUGUCAAUAAUUCAGUCGCUUACAAUUCAAUUUACUCAAAUGAUGACGAAAUUUUAAAAGUAGCCAACAUAUUUUUGAGAUCGAUUGAAAAGAAGAAGAAGAAGAAGAAAAAUUCUGCUGAAAAUUCCUUCAAUGAUUACAAUUCUCAAAAUUUAAUAGAAUAUUCUUCAUCUACAAGUUCGCAUGUAAGUGACAUACUAUAUCCAAAUAAUUUAAAUCAUGAAAGUUCCAAUGAGAGCAACUCUGAGAAACCUUCAACAUCUCAUCACAAUUUAAAAUAUACUAGCUCUGAUGGCGAGUUGUUAAGCUUGGGAGAAGUUAAAGUUUAUUCAUCAUUGAGCGACGAAAGUUCAAUUGAUUUUUAA